CCCCCGCCCCCCUGCAGACGUCACGUAGAGAUCAUCAGGUCAGAGCUGGCUAUAGGUGUUGAUGCAGAAGAAAAAGUGUUGCAGUGGCGGCAGCAGGCUAUGUGGAGGAAGCGGAGUUUACUUCGCCUCGCGAUGCUCAGCACUUUUGCUCUCGUCGCCGUGUAUUAUACGACGUCGCAGUUACACACCAUUAAAAAAUAUCGCAACAGACGAAAGGUGGGAUCCGUUCCGCCCUGGGCGCCCGUCAUACUCGUCAACGAGCUGCAGUACGUCGGCACGGCACCGGAGGACGACGAAGACGUGUUCGCGCGACACGCCUUCAACCUGCGUAGCAGCAACGAGCUUCCGAGCGACCGGUCUCUGCCAGACACCAGACACGCCAGAUGUCGGGACGUGGAGUACGGCGCAGCGCCCCUGCAGACCACAUCGGUCGUCGUCGCCUUCCACAACGAGGACCGCUCGGCCCUGCUGCGCACAGUCGUCAGCGUGCUGAACAGGACGCCGCCCGACCUCAUCGAGGAAGUGAUCCUGGUGGACGACCGCAGCGACGACGAGCAAGACGGGUCGCUUCUGUCUUCCCUCCCCAAAGUCCGGGUCGUCAGAAACCAGGCAAGGGAAGGUCUCAUCAGAUCUCGCAUCCUGGGGGCCUUGGAAGCUCGAGGGGACUUCCUCAUGUUCCUCGACAGCCACUGCGAGGUCAACGUCGGUUGGCUGGAGCCUCUUCUCGACAGAGUCACCCAGAAUGCACUGACCGUGGUCAGCCCAGUCAUUGACGUGAUAGACAUGGACACAUUUCAGUAUCGUGCAUCCUCACCACAGCUCAAGGGAGGAUUUGACUGGAGUCUUUACUUCAAGUGGCUCCCACUGAGCCAUGAGGAGAGGACACGACGCGGUAGUCCCAUGGAGCCCUUUCUGAGUCCUGCCAUUGCAGGUGGCCUGUUCUUAAUCUCCAGGGAUUGGUUCCAGAGGCUCGGGAUGUUCGACUCUGGGUUACGCAUCUGGGGAGCAGAAAAUCUGGAGAUCUCACUCAAGAGCUGGUUGUGUGGGGGGAAUGUCGAGGUGGUGCCCUGCAGCAGGGUCGGACACGUGUUCCGCAAGACGCACCCCUACACGUUCCCCGGUGGCAACGCCGACACGUACCUCAGGAACACCAAGAGGGUGGCAGAAGUAUGGCUCGGAGACCACAAGAGGUUCUUCUACGAGGCGCAACCAAACGCCAGGGCCUUGGAUGCUGGCAGCUUACAGGAACAGCUGGAGGUGAAGAGUCAAUUAGAUUGCAGACCAUUUCAGUGGUAUUUGGAAAAUGUCUUUCCAGAGCUCAAGUUGCCAAAUGAAGAGAAUUCUGCAUUUGGACAAUUAAAACAGGGUUCGCAGUGCCUGCAAUCUGAAGUAGAGAGUUCAGGAGUGAAACUGGCUGAAUGUAACGAAUCUGAACUCUCCCAGCAUUCCUGGGCAUUCAAUGUUCAUACUGCAAGCAUCCAGCAUGGAAAAUUGUGUCUCUCAGUCCGUAAUAAAUUGAACCUAGUGCUGGAAACAUGCACACAGUCAUACCAGCAGGAAUGGAGCCGCCAUGGAAGAGCUGUUGUGUUGUUGUCUUCAGGACAAUGUCUGGAAUCAGGGAUCAGAUCAGAACUAAGGCUGUCCGAGUGUCGUCGUGGGGCCAUGUCACAACAGUGGGACUUCACGGUUGAGCUCCAAGCUCAGGAUGACCACCCUGUUAACAUCACUUGAUUGUGGUUGGCAAAGUGUUAGUGAAACACCGUUCUUCAUUCCUGUCAGACACGGAACUAAAUAUGAUGGACAAUAUCUAAAAAUUUGCAAUAAAUUGGGCCAAAACAAAGCCAUGACAAUCACUCGGUGGUAUCAGCUUCUGCAAAUAAGUACCAAGAACAGAAUGUCACAUAUUCCAUCUAAACUGGAAACUGAUUAGAGUUCUUCUGCAGUUUUGUAACCACUUUAACAGAAAUCUAUGGCCCAGUUAGAUUUAUUUUUACAUACUGCCUUAAUUAUUUUAUACAGAGUGCACACUGUGAGAGACUAUAAAAAUUAUUACAAGAACAAAUGCAAACUCCCAUGCCUUAAAUUGAUAGUUUCCAGUUGCAUGUCAACAAAUUCCCAAUCUGGAAAAGUCUCACAAUGAUCAACAAAUAUUUGGGGAAUUUCUAAGAACAUAUCAGAUUAAUAUGUAUAUCAGACACAAAGACACCUUUUUCCCAAAUUUAUGUUUGAAUAAUGAUAUAUUACACUGAUAACAAAGGUUCAAAACCAAAUAACCUACUUACAGAAAUAGCAACAUGCUAAAUAACUGGUAGAAGUACUCAACAAAGUUUUCAGAGAAUUACGCCUGAUAGGUUUUAGUACCACUUCACAUCAAAAGUUGUUAGGUGAAUUUAAUAUGGAUUUCUAUUCUUCCAAUAAAGGCACAUUGAUGUAAUCAGGAUUCUUGAAACCUCGUCAUUAUACAAAUAUUUUAUACAAGACAUUAUUAAAAUGUAGGUCUCAUUAAGAUUUUCAACUUUUGUAUGAAAGACUCAUACAAAACACUUUUUGUUAUGGUGUCUGCUUCCAAGUUGGUUUUCUCUACAAAAGACUUGCUGCUACUUAUUACAAAAUUUUAGUGCUAAUUGCUACCAGAAGAAUUCAGUGCAAAAUAACAAGAUGGAAGGAAAAGAUAAAAUCAUUUCAGACAGAAAUAAUGAACAUCAAGGUAACACAGGAAUGAAAAUUCAUAAAUAACACAUUUUAGAAAUGUCAAUACCGUAAUCCACUGGAAAAUUUUACACAAUAAACACAGCAACUCACUUCAUUUCAAUGCAGCUGAGUUGUAAUACCAAUGGCUGUGAAAGAUUCAUGUUGUGUAUUACAGAUUUGACUCCAAUUUCAAUUUAUAUAACUGAAAGUCUGUGUUAUAUAUAAAGAGACAUCAUCAGUUCCCACAUAUGAAUUAUCUCAUAAGGUUUGAUCUAGUUUGAUUUGUCAAUUUUUGAGGUUCCAUUAGACUAGUCUUAUUUUUGUACAAAAAAUUCAAGAAACUGUUAAUUAAAUACAAGUUUUAAAACCAUUGAA